CUAUUUCAUUUAUUUCACUUUAAUUCUUUUAAGUUAGCAAUUUCAAUAUUGCAAAGACAUUUGCCCUUUGCGUUUUUUUUUGCUACUUGAUUAGUUUUACUUAUUAGUUUUAAGAUUUCAAUUUUAUUAUAAAAAAUAUUAUUUUAAACACCCUUCGCCCAUUUUUAUUGAAAGUAUAAUUUAUUUUGCAAGAACAAUAAAUCAGUUUUUAGGCAAACGGGAAUAACCACUUUUUAAUUUCAUCAUCGCUAGUUUUAGAACUCUCGGUUCUCUUGCCGGUGAAAAAUUUAUCUGAACUCUGAAUCUGAACAUAGAAAACAUAGAAAAUUUAUGGAAGCACGUACAUUCCUUUAUUUCAUUCGUCCUUUUUCUAAAGUCCUGGUUAACCGCGCACUAUCGCGGUCGCACUGACCCGCAUCCCUCGAACAAAGAAACCAUUAGGCACGUGUAACGUGCAACGCACGAGAGCAAUACUUCACCUGUCCUAAAAUUGCUGGUUCAAAAUAGAAGAAAAAAAAGUUACAGCACGUGCGCAAGCUGGUUUAUCAACGCAUUUCGUUUAACAAUAAUCGUCCUUCUAUACGUUCAUAGCAUAUGCAUCACCAGCGGCCGCACUAUCGCAUGCUCUGCAAAAAAUGGUGAAAGUUUCAACAGUACUUCGGUCAGCCAAUGCAGGCUAACAGCUUCCUUGAAACUAGCCCCGGGUGGUCUUCAACAAUGAAACGAAGCACAUCCGAGCAUUUCACCCAUUCAUCAUUUUCCGACAACCGUGUAGCGAUCAUCGGAAGGGAUAGAAAUAGUUCUUAACUUUUCACUGUGUUUAUCUGAUUUUCAACUAGUUGUUUUUCCAACUGUAUAAACCAAGCCAGCAGUAUAUCUGUCUGUCUAUCCAUCGCCCACCAGCGAUUUGAAAUAUUUCAAAUGUAUCCUCUAUUAAUCCUAUUGGCUGUGUGCUGUCAUGAAGUGUUCUGGAUUCUUAUAAGAAUUGGCGUUUCAGAAAUUCCUUACAUACAGAUUCCAGUUGGACCAACUUGCAUUAUGCUAUCUAGAAUAUAUGUACACGAAAUCGAGCAGUUUGUUUCGUUCACGAUUCUGAACGGAGUUCGUUCAAAUUUUUAUGUGGCAAUUUUUGUUUUUUUAUUUACAACAUUUUUUAAAAAGAAAUACCGUAAACGUUUGUAAUUUUUAAUCUCAAUUAUAUUAAUUUCUACCGAACUCCUGUCCAUGUCCUUAGUAUCAGGUUCGAUUGUUAUUUUUUCUAAGUGAUUGGAGUUUUUUCAUGAGACUUGUCGUUUAAUUAGUACAAUGAAGUAUCAUUUCUGUUGUUGCGACUAAAUGUUCUUUAACUUAUAACAAAGUAUUCUUUCUAAAAAUGUAGAUCACCCGUUUUUACUUUUGACCCGUUUUAUAAAGAAAAAAAUCGAGAUAACUUCAUCAAUUUUUUACAUCAAUGUAAUUUUUAGCACCAUUGAGUUCAAUGGUACACAUGAUUUCAUUUUCUUUUUUAUUUUUAUUUUUUUAUAUAAAGUAAAGUGAAUUAUUGGUUAAACCCUUUUGACCCACACCAAACAAUGUUGGAUCAUAUGAAAACUAAAUCUACACGCAGUACUAAUUAAUUUGCCAAUUUUGUUACUAUUGUUAACACUUAACUCGUUUAGUUUUAUUUUGUGUAGUAAGUACAAUUCUCGUAAAACAAAUUUCUUCAUGAACGACUACGUUAUGCACCAAACAUUAGGCAUACUAAUGUUUUUGAUAAAACCCGAAAUUUCACAUAACCCAAAACAUUUUUUUUUCAUUCAAUUAAUUUUUUUUUCGGUUUAUCUUCCAACAUCCCUUGUGUGCCGUAACUCAGACCCAUAUUCUAGCUGAUUUUUUUUUGUUUCUUGUUGUUUUUGAUCGUCUUCUGGGAAAGUAAAAUCUACGAUGAAAGUCACCCCAGACCUCACACCCUAAAUGUACACUAUUGCUCUACAUUCGUAGAACAUUUCUGUUCAGCAAUCACUGUCCGAGAUUCAUCAAACCCAGUCGGUCUCUCGAUACAGCGGAAAGUGUUUGUGAUGGGUUCCCAAGCCAUCGAUAAAAAAAUGUCAGAACCGUCAACUUUUUUUUUCUUCGUUAGCUGCACAGAAAAAAAUACUACCCUUUUGAUACGAUCUUGUACAUGUUCGAUGUUGUAUUACAUAGAAAACGUAAAUGAGAGUUUGUUGGUUAACUUCAUCUCAGUCAUGUCAGCCGACUUCUUGGAACAGCGGCAAUUUGUUCAAAUCGCCAAGAUCCCCACGAUGGCCUUGCAGAGGGGGGCUUUUAAGCGGUAUCUUGAAUAAUUAGCAACGAUCAAUGUAUUUAAUUCAAGCAGCUUUGAGAGCAUUCUAUGUGUAAGAGUUUUUAGGCUGUUAAAUAAAUUGCCUAUUGACUAUUACUAGAAUACGUGAUUCUUUCAAACGAUAUUUUUCGAUUCAUUUUCCAACGUUUAAGGCUUAAGUCAUCUGUAGGUCGGUGUUGUGUUUUUUUUAUCAUUCUAGUUUGUGAUUUAUAUACAUUGUAAAGAAAUUGUUAUAUGAAAGCAGUGCAAGUUGAUGAAAGCUUUAAUAGACAGUUGUGUGGAUUUAUCUGUUAGAUAAAAGCUCAAUAUUUCUCGCAAAUACAUAUCCUAAACAUUGUAAAAUGUUACCUUGUUUUUAGAGUUAUCUAGCCUUGUUUCUAGAUUCUAGCCUAUGCAGAAAUUCGGACAUGUCUUUUACACCAUUUCUUUUGCUCUGCCACUCUACAACUGUUUCUAUUGCUUUCACAUACCGUACUUCCAAAUGAUCUGACAACAGUCUGUUUGUUACUGGCAAUUUUGGCUAUGUACCGUGCACGGGGACAACUGAUUUCAGGGUUUUGUCGUGCGAGACAUCACCGAAACGGCUGUUAGGCGAAGAAGCUAGGCAAGAACCAGACGCCAAGAGGUAACGGGGCGCACCCGUCGAGUGUGCGAGAGUGUGUGUGUGUGCAUAGCCCAUUUCCUAGACGGGUCACAGUUUCAGGAAGUAAUCUGACUGCUCACAGUGGCACACGCACGCACAGCCAUAAACGAGCCGGCCCGUCUAUUUCAUGUGGCAACAGAAGUGGCGAUUCAGGUAACAAUCUUCCAUCACGGCUGAUCCUUUGCACCUUUCGAUGGAAAAGGUGUGCUAUGGCAUGUAAAAGGAAAACAUCAAACAACACAGAAGCCAACCCUUAGGUCCGAAAGCCCGACAAGGACACGGGAUGUUAGAUAAAGAUGCACGAAUACCUCGAACGAACAUUAUUCCCGCCAAGGCUCGAUUCCACACUCGGCAAGGAGUUGAUGAUUUACUCGGCAAUCUGAUGUCAGUGAGCAAACAUUCCCUGCGUCGUUGGCCGCGUUUCUCCAGUGUUAAAGUUAGUGCUAAGUUUCGUAACCGAUGUGUAUCCGGCUACAAUCGUUGGUGUGUGCGACCGCAUGUUGUGGAACUGGUGCAAACAUUGUGGCCUUGAAACCGAUGCCUGCGAAGCUGCGAUUGCAACGUAAUCCAAUCGAUGAUUGUUGACAGCUGCUUUCAGCGCAUCAAAAUUAAGCGUGCAUACUUCAAGCCUAAACAUCUAAAACAAUCUGAAAACCAUGCUUAAGUGGGUUGUAACGCGCGCACCACAAACGAUGUGCAAUGACUGGCAAACACAUAACGAUCAUCAGUGGCGAUGGAACAUGGAAAUCCGUCAACCUGACCGUACGCUAGAAUUUGAAAACAACAAUAAUAUAGCCCCGACAGGAGCAAAGAUUUGCUGCGACGGCAACAAUUUACCAUACGAUCACAUUGGUUCAAAGCCAACAGAUUCUUCAACGGUAGCUCUAGCAGCCGCCAACACAUCGUCGAAUGUGCUUUCCACCACAAACCUCAACAAUACGGCGUCUUCCUUUCGCUACUUCUUAGUCAAUAAUCAUUCGUCUCCUCUGAAAAUUCUGAGACAUUCAUCGAUCGCUGAGUGUGCGCCACGCAGUACACCUCCACGGCGUGGUUUUGGUUACCGCAGAGCAGUACACCGAAGGCAACGACGGCGCCGGCUCUCUAGCCUUCAUAUACGCGAACCAUCGGAACUGGCAUCGCCCAGCUACCGGCAGGCUGACGAUCCUGCGAAUGAUUUAUCCGGCGAUCUACUUGUGACACCGUUGCCUGAUCGUGUAACUGCCAUGAACGUACCGGCAACACAGUGGCAGGAAGUUUGGAACAUUUUCGCCGCAGAAAAUGAACAUUACAAUGAGCGCGAAAUCAAAACGCCGGAAAGGAUAGCGUCGUCGAACCAUGGCACGAACCAACUAGUAAGACGAAAAGCCGUACGCCGAAGAAAACCUGCUCAAUCUUGUACGAAAGACGUUUAACGUCGAUACGUGUUGUAUAUUUGCACAUAUUUUGCUUAAAAUCUCUACACU